CGCCGCCGCUCCUGACUUGAGAGGGCGCCUGGCAUUCGCGCCCCGCUGUCGUUCCCAUGCCGCUCGACAACUUCUCGAAGGUGGACUUCUCCAAGAUCGACCCGAGCGAGUACGAGGAGGAGGGCGCCGCGGCGAAAGCCAUGCAGGAGCGGAUGCUGGACGGCGACCUCCCGGAGCACAUGGGCAUGGAGGAGAUGAUGGCGGGCAUGGGAAUGGGCGGCGGCAUGGGCAUGGGCGGCAUGGGCGGCGGUGCUGGGCUCGAGGGGCGCGACUGGGACGAGUACAGGGUGGCGUCGAUGGAGCCGGGCGACGUCGGGCUGACGCUGGACUGCAGCGGGGGCAAGGGCGCCCUCACAAAGACGCUGCGUCGCGCCGGCGCGCGCGACGACUUUGAGAACCCGUCCGACCGGUGGGAGGCUGUGCUGCGGCUCUCGGGCGCCGUCGCCGGCGGCGGCGCGCCGUUCGACUCCUUCCAGGGGUGCGUCACGAUGGGGGAGGGCCGCCUCUCUGCGUGGCUGGACAAGGCCGUCCGCACGAUGAAGCGCGGCGAGGCGUCCGCCUUCACCGUCCUGCCCGCGGCGCGGGACGGGGAGGCACUGCUCUCGGUGAGGCGCGAGGGCGGCCCGUCGGCCGAGGGGCUGCCGGCCGAGGCGGUGCUCGAGUACGAGGCAUGGCAGCGCGAGGUGGAGCUGCGGGAGCUGCGGGAGGUGCAGGUGUUGUGCGACGGCCUCCUACUCCAAAAGACGCUCGUGCGCGCACCAAAGGGCCCUGGCUCGUGGGAGCUGCCCGGCGAGCGCGCCGAGGUGCGCUGCUCGUGGCGCGGCGAAGUGGAGGCGACGGGCUUCGUCUUUCGAGGGGAGGCGCCGUUCCGUUACUCGCGCGCCGACGCGUCGCUCCUGCGCGUGUGGCGGGAGCUGAAGAUGAAGCGGGGCGAGGUGGCGGAGCUCAAGGUGGCGCCCGAGCUCGCCUACGGGUCGGGAGGCGAGCCCGAGCUGGGCGUGCCCCCGGGCGCGUCUUUGCUCCUCCGCGUCGCCAUGGGGGACUGGAACGACGUCGAGGACGUGGUCGAGUCUCGCGGCGAGGGGUGGCAGCGGCCCAUGCAGCGGUACGUCUGCACCCUCUCGCUCGAGGUUGAGGUGCGCGCGUGCGCCGAGUCGGCGCCGGAGAAGGUAGCGCCCGAGGCGGAGGUGACGAUGGCUCUCGGCGGAGGGUCUGUGGAGGCGCCGCUCGAGGAGGUGUCUCGCCUCGCAGGGCUGGGGGCAUGGGGCGUCGGGGCGGCGCUGGACGUGCUCUUGCCGACGAUGCAGCGGCGCGAGCGGGCGGUGCUGCGCUGCUCGCAGGCUCUGGUCGGCGGCCCUCACGAGCGUGUCGACGUGCGCGCCACUCUCUCGUCGUGGGUGCGCGUCGAGCCGGUGCCUCACACGGCCGAGGCGGUCGUGCGCACCGCGGAGCAGGAGCACGAGCGCCCAAACGAGGACGCGAGGUGCGAGAUCACCUUUGCGGUGCGGGCGGCCGGCUCGGGCGCGCUGCUCGAGGAGGCGGCCGAGCCCGCUCCUCGUCGCGCGACCGAGCCGGUCAGCGUCGUGCAGGGCGACGGUGCGGUCAUCCGCGCCAUCGACGCGGCGCUCCUCGAGAUGAAGCGCGGGGAGGUGGCGCUGCUGCGCGCGCCGGCCGCGUGGUGCUACGGCGAGGGGUCGGGCUACACGCGGCCGGCAGGCUUCCCUGCCGACGAGGCGGAGGCGGAGGUGGAGGCGGAGGUGCGCCUAGUCGGCUUCGAGCGCGGCAAGGAGGCGUGGGCGAUGAGCCUCGCCGAGCGUCUCACCGGGCAGCUCAAGAAGAAGGAGCAGGGCAACGCGCUCUUCCGGCGGGGAGAGCGAAAGAGCGCAAGACGGCGGCGGAGCAGGUGCGGCUCACGUGUCUCGUCACCAUGGCGGCUUGCCAGCUCCGAUUGAGCGAGCACGGGGCCGCAGCAAAGUCGUGCAGCGCGGCGCUUGACAUCGCGCCCGGCUCGGCCAAGGCGCUCUUUCGGCGCGGACAGGCGCGGCUCGCUCUCGCCGAGCUGAGCGGCGCCAAGGAGGACUUGCUGGCCGCGGCGAAGGCGGACCCGAAGUCGCGCGAGGUGCGGGCCGCCCUCACGCAGCUCAAGGCUGCGCAGGGACGCGCGAGGGAGGAAGAGCGGGGUGCCUUCGGUGGCAUCUUCACGUGACGAGGCAGAGCACAAGACACACACGGCACCACCGUAGCAAUCGCUUGCGCCGCUAUUUCGUGCGUCUUCUUUGGUGGCCGCGGCGCGAGGCGCGUCGACACGUUGGCCCUGUGCGCCCGCUGGGAAGUGGGAUUUUAUCCACAACAUGGACAUGGACCACGCGGUCUCGGUCUGGAGAGCUGCGGC